AUGCACGAGGUAGCGGCCAAGUUUGGCAAGCGAGUCAACGUGGCAGCAGAGCAGAAGGAGCUAAUGCACUCAGCUGGCUUUGUGCAAGCCGAUGAACAAAUAUUCAAGGUUCCCUUUGGCAAGUGGAGUGACGACCCAAAUCUGAAAAGAAUUGAGAGUUCCUAUGUGUUCCACAUGCAGUACGCGCUGGAGGGAUACAAGCUACGUCUAUUUACCAAGACAUUGGGCUGGUCAAAGGAAGACACUGAUGCCCUGAUUAGCCGGGUGCAGCAGGAACUAUAG